AUGGCUUCACUGAGAAGAGUCAAAGUGCUGCUGGUGUUGAACUUGAUCGCGGUGGCCGGCUUCGUGCUCUUCCUGGCCAAGUGCCGGCCCAUCUCGGUGCGCAGCGGGGACGCCUUCCACGAGAUUCGGCCGCGCGCCGAGGCGGCCAACCUUAGCGCGCACAGCGCCAGCCCCAUCCAGGAUGCGGUCCUGAAGCGCCUCUCGCUGCUCGAGGACAUCGUCUAUCGGCAACUGAAUGGCUUAUCCAAAUCCCUUGGGCUCAUUGAAGGUUAUGGUGGGCGGGGCAAAGGGGGCCUUCCUGCUACCCUUUCCCCGGCUGAAGAAGAGAAAGCCAAGGGACCCCAUGAGAAGUAUGGCUACAAUUCCUACCUCAGUGAAAAAAUUUCACUGGAUCGUUCCAUUCCGGAUUAUCGUCCCACGAAGUGCAAGGAGCUGAAGUACGCCAAGGAGCUGCCCCAGAUCUCCAUCAUAUUUAUCUUUGUGAACGAGGCCCUGUCGGUGAUCCUGCGGUCAGUCCACAGCGCUGUCAACCACACGCCAACACACCUGCUCAAGGAGAUCAUCCUUGUGGAUGACAACAGUGACGAAGAGGAGCUGAAGGCCCCCUUGGAGGAGUAUGUCCACAAACGCUACCCUGGGCUGGUGAAGGUGGUGCGCAAUCAAAAAAGAGAGGGCCUGAUCCGAGCUCGCAUCGAGGGCUGGAAGGUGGCCACGGGCCAGGUCACUGGCUUCUUUGAUGCCCACGUGGAAUUCACCGCUGGCUGGGCCGAGCCGGUUCUGUCCCGAAUCCAGGAGAACCGGAAGCGAGUGAUCCUUCCGUCCAUCGACAACAUCAAACAGGACACCUUUGAGGUGCAGCGGUACGAGAACUCGGCCCACGGCUACAGCUGGGAGCUGUGGUGCAUGUACAUCAGCCCCCCGAAAGACUGGUGGGACGCCGGAGACCCCUCUCUCCCCAUCAGGACGCCAGCCAUGAUUGGCUGCUCCUUCGUGGUCAACAGGAAGUUCUUCGGUGAAAUCGGUCUUCUUGACCCUGGGAUGGACGUGUAUGGGGGAGAAAAUAUCGAACUUGGAAUCAAGGUGUGGCUCUGCGGGGGCAGCAUGGAGGUCCUGCCUUGCUCACGAGUGGCCCACAUCGAGCGGAAGAAGAAGCCUUACAACAGCAACAUUGGUUUCUACACCAAGAGGAACGCCCUCCGGGUUGCGGAGGUCUGGAUGGAUGAUUACAAGUCUCACGUGUACAUAGCGUGGAACCUGCCACUAGAGAAUCCGGGAAUUGAUAUAGGCGAUGUCUCUGAAAGAAGAGCCUUGAGGAAAAGUUUAAAGUGUAAGAAUUUCCAGUGGUACCUGGACCACGUGUACCCAGAAAUGAGAAGAUACAAUAACACCAUUGCAUACGGGGAGCUUCGAAACAACAAGGCGAAAGACGUCUGCUUGGACCAGGGGCCACUGGAGAACCACACAGCAAUACUGUACCCGUGCCAUGGCUGGGGGCCCCAGCUUGCCCGCUACACCAAGGAGGGCUUCCUGCACCUGGGCGCCCUGGGGACCACCACACUCCUCCCCGACACCCGCUGCCUGGUGGACAACUCCAAGAGUCGGCUGCCCCAGCUCCUCGACUGUGACAAAGUCAAGAGCAGCCUGUACAAGCGCUGGAACUUCAUCCAGAAUGGAGCCAUCAUGAAUAAGGGCACAGGGCGAUGCCUAGAGGUGGAGAACCGGGGCCUGGCUGGCAUCGAUCUCAUCCUCCGCAGCUGCACGGGACAGAGGUGGACAAUUAAGAACUCCAUCAAGUAGCGGGGGCGGGGGGGAGCAGGGGCCCCCAGAGCCUGGC